CCGCUCUGGGCUCGGCUGCACUUUUGAAGCUCCCGUCUUUCCCGCAGCUCCGUAUACCGGGAACCGUUUGAAUGGUAAACCUCACUCCUGUAGGCCACUUAACUGCAGACUCGGAGUGGGAUUUGUGCUCUUUUUAGCUCGAACGCAAGGCUCGCUCAUCCCACCGGUACUUUCGUCUCUUGGCAGCGGCUGUGACUCCGCACGUUCCAACGAUGACCGGCGACUUCCUGACGACGGCCUUUCCUGUUGUAUUGGUUUUGGUUGCGAGCGACAAAUUCGGGGGAGAGCAAACGCUCACGCUGGAGGUGUUUCCCGAAUUCAAGCACUACAACGUCAGCCUGUGGAAGUCUCGUGGGGGCGCAUGCGGAGACAACGCCUCUUCGAGCAUCGUCAGCUGGAAACGAGAGUACCUUGAGUCUUCCGCUGUUGUCCGGUAUGACGGCCUUCCAGAAGGACAGUAUUGCAUCACGGUGGAUCCUAUUACUGCGCGCUGUUUCCCUUCAAACUUUUGUUACAGACUGACUACCUCCACUUUUCACAUCAAAGGAGUUCGGAGACCCGGAGGGCAGCUUUGAGUGACUACGAGCAUUGCUGAGUACCGGCGUCAGGAGCAAAGAAAAAACAGCCGAGCUGUGGAACAGACGAGGGGUCACGGAUUAUCGUCAGAGUAUUUCGUCUGAUGGACGCCUGGAGAACGGAAGGAGGCCGCCUAUGAGUUCGAGAUUUCUGCAGUGGUUCACGAGUCUCGGCGACGCAUUAAACAACUCAGCGAGUCUUCA